AUGGCUAACGUAGGUGUAGAGUGGGACUGUGAAAUAUGGGACCAAGACUGUGAAAUAUGGGACCAAGACUGUGAGAUAUGGGACCAAGACUGUGAGAUAUGGGACCAAGACUGUGAGAUAUGGGACCAAGACUGUGAAAUAUGGGACCAAGACUGUGAGAUAUGGGACCAAGACUGUGAGAUAUGGGACCAAGACUGUGAGAUAUGGGACCAAGACUGUGAAAUAUGGGACCAAGACUGUGAGAUAUGGGACCAAGACUGUGAGAUAUGGGACCAAGACUGUGAGAUAUGGGACCAAGACUGUGAGAUAUGGGACCAAGACUGUGAGAGAUGGGACCAAGACUGUGAGAUAUGGGACCAAGACUGUGAGAGAUGGGACCAAGACUGUGAGAUAUGGGGCCAAGACUGUGAGAUAUGGGACCAAGACUGUGAAAUAUGGGACCAAGACUGUGAAAUAUGGGACCAAGACUGUGAGAUAUGGGACCAAGACUGUGAGAUAUGGGACCAAGACUGUGAGAUAUGGGACCAAGACUGUGAAAUAUGGGACCAAGACUGUGAGAUAUGGGACCAAGACUGUGAGAUAUGGGACCAAGACUGUGAGAUAUGGGACCAAGACUAUGAGAUAUGGGACCAAGACUGUGAGAUAUGGGACCAAGACUGUGAGAUAUGGGACCAAGACUGUGAGAUAUGGGACCAAGACUGUGAGAUAUGGGACCAAGACUGUGAGAGAUGGGACCAAGACUGUGAGAUAUGGGACCAAGACUGUGAGAUAUGGGACCAAGACUGUGAGAUAUGGGACCAAGACUGUGAAAUAUGGGACCAAGACUGUGAGAUAUGGGACCAAGACUGUGAGAUAUGGGACCAAGACUGUGAGAUAUGGGACCAAGACUGUGAAAUAUGGGACCAAGACUGUGAGAUAUGGGACCAAGACUGUGAGAUAUGGGACCAAGACUGUGAGAUAUGGGACCAAGACUAUGAGAUAUGGGACCAAGACUGUGAGAUAUGGGACCAAGACUGUGAGAUAUGGGACCAAGACUGUGAGAUAUGGGACCAAGACUGUGAGAUAUGGGACCAAGACUGUGAGAUAUGGGACCAAGACUGUGAGAGAUGGGACCAAGACUGUGAGAUAUGGGACCAAGACUGUGAGAGAUGGGACCAAGACUGUGAGAUAUGGGGCCAAGACUGUGAGAUAUGGGACCAAGACUGUGAAAUAUGGGACCAAGACUGUGAAAUAUGGGACCAAGACUGUGAGAUAUGGGACCAAGACUGUGAGAUAUGGGACCAAGACUGUGAGAUAUGGGACCAAGACUGUGAAAUAUGGGACCAAGACUGUGAGAUAUGGGACCAAGACUGUGAGAUAUGGGACCAAGAAUAG